UGAAAAGGAAGUUUAUAAAUAAAGUGUACGGUGAUAUGGGUGAAGGGAGAUAACUCCACUUCUGCACAAGAUGGCGAACAGUGUUUAUGGUUGAGUUUGUUUGUAAACAUGGAGAACUGAUUACUUCUACAGGUGUGAUAGUCCGCACAGGUGCGGAUCACAGUUUUAUUGAGUCAAUGACUGAAGUGAAGAACAAAGAUGAGAAGGGGAGCAUGCCGCCGGAAGUGGUGGACUACAGGUCAGGGCGAAGGAAGGCGGUGAUCACGAUAGGUGUGCUACUGACCUGGGUGUGUUUUGUCCUGGCUGUUGUCAAGCGCAGUGUUGCAGCUUCCUUGUCGAGCGAGAGCCUGUCUGUGGAGUACGUCACGCCGCUGUUGUUUAUCCUCCUCGUCUCCGUCGUCUUUCUCGUCAUCGCCUGUCUCCCCAGCACCCUCAAAGGGGAGGAGGAGGAGGAGGAGGGGGAGGAACACGUUGCUCUCGCCUAAGAUAUUGACAACGUUAUGAACAUGGUCAAACACGCGGACACCGGAAUCAUAUGACGUCCGUUGAUGCCGACUUUGAGUGCUCUGGUGCCAUGUCCAUAAUGGGCCCUUACUUUACUUCCUGGUGACUCCUGAAGCCUUAUUGUCGGGAAUUAUAGACUAUAGUUAGUUCCUAUACUUGUUUUACAUAACAGCUGGACAUAGGCUUGAUCUGAAACUGUCUGGGUGGAUGGAACAAGUGGAGACAAACAUGUAACACUAAUUUCCCAUAUUUUUUCCAUUUGGGAUUCAACAUUUGUUGGUUUGUUGUUUAACGCCGCACUCAGCAAUAUUCCAGCUGUAUGACGGCGGUCUGUAAAUAAUCGAAUCUGGACCAGACAAUCCAGCGAUUGGCAUCAUGAGCAUCGGUCUACGCAAUUGGGAUACGAUGACAUGUAUCAAGUCAGCGAGCCUGACCACGCGAUCCCGUUUGUCGCCUUCUACGACAUGCAUAGUCGCCUUUUACGGCAAGCGUGGGUUGCUGAAGAAUAUUCUACCCCGGAUCUUCACGGGUCUGGGAUUCUAAAAAUAGGUGAGCAUUAGGAGUCAGGCACCUUGGUUAAUCGGACAAUAAGCUCUGAUACAUGUUACACAAGUCAUACUGAGGGUUGCAUAUUUUACGAGUAUACAUGACUACGGCUCCUUUUCAAAAUAAAUGGAGUUGUUUGUUUCUAUCAAACAUAUUUUUUCAGAGUCUUAAUCUUAGUCUAAUGACAAAUGUGCAUGUGUAAUCAAGAUGGUGUUGAGGGAGCGACUGACGGCUCUUCUGCGGAUGUUGUAGUUAUGGCCCCUUCCACAAAGCGAUCUAUGUUAAAACAUAGGGGUGGGGGUGAUGGGUUAGCCUAGCGUUCGCUCGUCACACCGAAGACCCAGGUUCGAUUCCCCAAAGGGAUACAUUGUCUGAAGCCCAUUUCUGGUGUCCUCCGCCGUGAUAUUGCUGGAAUAUUGCUAAAAGCGUAAAACAGUACUCACUCACUCGGAUUGAGCAAUCCAUUAUUAGCCAGUGGUGUUUUUCACGAGCGUUUUGACAUGGUGCCAGGGUGAAGGUUACUGUAUAUACAACGAACAACAAUUCAUUGCUAUAAAACCAUUGGGAAUAUAUUUGUAUAUUUUGUUUUUUACGAGCAACGGGACGUCCAUUAUGCAUAAUGCUAUAUGUCAUAUUACUAUGUGUGUGGUUGGUAAUAUUUGUUUACUAACGACGUGGAAGUGUUUAUGCAGGAGGUGGGUUAUGUCUGGUGUGUAGAAUACAGGAAUGAACUCACACUUGUAUGACUAACUGUUAAUAAAGUCCACACUUCUGUCCAUUUGUCCAACAACCAUCACACACACACAUUUGAUAUUUCUUCAACAGGCAAGGUGCACUGGUUUUGUUUAAAAAUCAUCAAAAUAUUAAUCGUUAUCAUCUAUUUGUCAAAUCUGCGUGCAUUUGUUCGUAGGUAUUUUCUCUUUAGACGACACAUGUGGAAUUGUUUAACAAAUAGUGAUGAUUUUACCACACCUUAAUGUAAUUUAUAAUCAAAGGGGAACGCCAGAAACCUAUGAUAAUGAGUUCGAACCCCGGUUGGUUCGCCCCGAUUAUGUUUCUAGGUUUGUCAGCACCAUACCCGUGCUCUUGGGUUUUACCGAAGUGGUAAAAGUCUGAGACCUGCAUCACUUCGGGCUUUCUUCCCACAUUAAGCUGACACACCGUGAUAUAACUGUAAUACUGUUAAAAGCGGCGUUGAACCCAACUCACUCACUCAUAAUAAAGUUUAAUGCUCUUAUGUUUUGUUGUGUUCAAGUGCAUAACGUAAUUUGUACGUAUUUAAAUGGUGGAUUUUCAUUUUGGGAUCACACUUUGCUAUGGCAAUAAAUAAUGCAUAAAAUAAAGCAUGAAUCACUUCGAA